AUCAACGUUGAAGGGAUCCCACCCAUUGAUGAUUUGCGCUAGUGGCACUCAUUUCGCGACGCCGCACUGAUAGGUCACGGCAAUGCUAUAAGGCCCGACCUUUCUCUUUCGAGAACUGUGCACUUGAAACCAGAAUCGUCGCAAUGGCCAAGUCACGGAGCAAUCCCGCACCCAAGGUGCAGAACAUCAAGAAGGUCAAAGAUGGAAGGGUCAAAACAAUCUUCAAGAAAUCCAGCGAACUCUAUCGCAGCAUGCUCCACAACGGCCAGGGCAAGGACUGCCGCUUUACCGUCGUUGUCGAGUACAGCGGGAAUUGCGACGUAUUCGUGUCCGAUACAGACAGGAAGUCUAGGAUACUCGAUUUCAACUCCUUAUCGCACGCGACCGUCUAUUCUACAGCAGACUUCAUCACCGAGGCCGAAGCCAAAGCAGAUCGAGAAGUGGUUGGUAGACUUAGACGGCCGUCAACCUCGAGAGACGCUGCCCGACCAUCUCGAGAGAUCGUAGCUCCCUCUCCUACAGUAUUCGAGCAGUUCACAAAUCUAGAAAGCCCUACAUGGAAUAUUCCCGGUUCCGAAGACCAAGUCGCCAGUCCGCCAUCACACCUCACGGUCGCAGACACGUCGGCUUCGGCUACGCCUGCAUUGACAACUUCGAUUCCGAGUGAGCCUGCUGUCGAGAGGGAUCAAACACUGGAUCCAUCACAAACGACACCCUCGUUCACGAGUGUGGCCGGGCCGGCCCCGGUCGUGCAGCGGGCUGCACUCGUUGAGGCUAGAGAUCUGCCUGAGCGUGUGCUGGAGGAAGUUGUAACCAGCGUGAAGCCUUCCUGGACUCCAAUCAAUACACUUCCGCACACGCCUGAGAGGCAAUCUUGGCCGCGCCGAAACCCUCCGACUCCACUCGAUGUGCUUGCCAAUGCUGCGUCCCAUCCCAGCCGCAAUGACUCCAAUCUGAUGCUGCGGCCAUCGCGACAUACGCGGCAAAUUACUCCAGCUCGGAACGAGCGAUUUCCUUCACGACUGUACUCAAGGCGUUCAGGCAAUUACAAUGAAUAUGAUGAUUAUGAACACCGUCGUCCAAGACGACUUUGAGCCAUGUAUAUAUUAAAUCAUCAUAGUAUAUCAUCUUCUUCCACUU